AUGGCGUCCAUUUCCAAAGCCGCCAACAAACCAAAGAAAAGCAAGUUGGUUUCCGACGCCCUCAAACUCGCAAACAGCACAUUCGAAACACGAACUUUAGACUCCACCUUGGUGGAAGAAAGCAGCCAAACGGAAGAAGACGAUGACGGGCCGGCGGUGUUCGUCUGCGGGAAAUGCAGGCUGCCUGUCGGGGACUCCAUGUCGUGGGAUGGAGCCGAGGACCAACACUGUCAAAUACGCUUAAAAAGGACCACUGACAAUGUUUUCGUCGGAAAUGACUCUCGUCUGCAUGAAGCCAGCAAAGGUUAUCUCUGUAUCGUCAAGGAUCUGGUGUGCCGAGGCUGCCACUCGGUUCUGGGCAUGGUCUACUCCUCCACCCCCAAGAGACUGGACAGCAAGAGGUUCACUUUCUGUUUCAACGUGGCCGACAUUGAAAGCUACGUGCUGGGCUCAGCCAACCAGAUGUUGGCAGCCGAGGACCCCAAGGAGCAGCCGGUGACGGUGGAGUACAAAGGCCAUGUUGAAAAGCAGAUGUUUGAGAUGAAGAGGCUGGUGGUCUCCAUGGCUCAGAAGUUGGAGGAGCUGGAGAUCGGCGGUCAGGAGGCGUGACACCAACACCGUGCACCUUUCUUCCACUGUCCCCCCCCCCCACCCCCCCACCCCCCCAAACAAAGACUGUCUGGCCCCGCCCCGACUCGCUCCUCGCCAUCAAUCACCCUGUCAGCACAAGCGUGGGGGGGGGACGGGGGACGCUUAUGUCAGCACAUUACCGCUUCGGUCGAUUUUACUUCUCUUGUCACCUUACCAAUAAAAUGUUUUUUUUUAAACCAA